AUGGCAAUACCAUUGCGGCUAACUCCGUUCGGCUUGGAGCAGCGUAGUGCUUACGUACAGCAAGACAGGCAUGACGAGUACUACGAGGAGCUGCUGUCUCCCCGCCACAGCAGGAGUGCAAGGCAAGAUUGUUGUUGCAUCAGUGUCCUGCUUCUGGGCGACCAAAAUGCUGGCAAAAGCGCUUUGCUGUAUUCGCUCGUAGCCUCCAAAGAUCCUAGGUACACUGCACUCACCUCCCUACUGCCCAUUAUUCAGGGAGAAUUUUCGAACAGGAGGGAAAUCCUACCGCGAACGGGUGCUUCUGCCGUUCUUGCCACCGACAAGAGGGGGUUAGGAUCAACAGCGACGGUGCAAGUAGACCCUGACUGCGCACCGACUGUGACAACUGAAAAAGACGAACGGGAACAGCUGCAUCGCAUGCUACCAGAAAACACGGUGACAGAUGAGGUAAACACACACACAGGUACUGUAACGGCAAUGGCAACUGAAGCAGUGGAAGCUUUGGUGAGCAGGUCCCGGGAUGAGCUGCCUUUUCUGGAUUCGGAUGUUGCGCGGUCUGCGGCUUUACUGUCUGCUGAAGACUUUGCCUUCUUCUGCAAUGAGUUCAGCCUUCAGGUGCAGCAGCAACAGCAGCAGCACCAAUUGCACGGCCUCUGGAGGAAGGUGAACGACAACCGCUACGUACUGCUUCACCUUCUGGAGUUCGGGGGUGACCAUCUCGACCGCAUGCACUCAUUCUACAAUCUAGACGGUUCCCGCAACAGCAUGGCUAGCAGUAGCAGCAGCACAAGCAACAGCACCUGCUGUGGGAAAUGUGCCUUCAGCAGUAACUGCAGCAAGUGUGAUCAGGCCGCUGCGGCUGCUCUACUACGCCGAGAACGAGAUUCCGAAAGCCAAGAUGCAGCUUUCAAAGCGCUUUACAACUCGGCGAGAGAAGCAACUGCAGACGAAGCAGCAGGGAGUAACGAGUCCGCAGAUCAAACUCCGGUGACACCAGCAGCGCAAGAUGGGGGAGCCAGUGUUUCAGCAACUCACGCAACUGUUCUGGCGCAGUCUCUCCGCCGCUCCUUCGAGCUGGCUGCUGAGGUCCCGUUGCUUGUUUACUUUGUAAACUGCAGCACGAUGUUUAUUCCUCCUGUAUCGCGCAAUGUGGCAGCUAGUGCUGCUGUCACCGCUAUUGAGCUAAGUUCUCCAGCCUUCCUCAGAUUGCUGCUCCGAUUGCACAGCUGCUGCUCGUUUGUUCAACCCGCAGGAAACAGAAUGAGGCCCAUACAUUUUGCAUGCUCACGUCUCUCCUGUCGGUCAGCUACUUCCGCGGCGACGGAUGAAGUGACGAGCGAUGCAUCAGAUAGAGCCACAGCAGAUAGUGCAACAGGUUGCUGCUGCAGUGGCUUCGAUGAAAGAGAAAGCUUUCGCAAGGCUCUGGAGGCGUUGAAAAGGUUUGUUUGGAUGGCCAGUUCUGCCGCUGGAUCAGAAUCAGGAGCUUCGAGAACAGUUGCAGGAGCUGCUGCUGCUGCUGCUGCUGAAAAGAACAUUGCCUCUGUAAGCAUGUGUCUCGACCAGCCGUUCGAGUCACUCUACUCUCGUUUUCUCUCAGACACCGACAACAGCAGCGACAGCAGCUGCAGCACCGGAACUGGUGGUGACAGGAUCCCCACCAACAUAAGCUGGGCACCAUUUGAGGACUGCUGGGGUGUUUCUGCAUGCGCCCGUUUGAAGGCUGAGGAUGAACGACUGCAACAAUGCGCCUCUGUCGUUUUCUUGGAGAGGUUGCUAAGAUUUGUUUGGAGGGUUUGCUCGCCUUUUCCAUUCUGCAGCAGCCUAACUUUCCGAGGUGUGUCAGCAGUCAGGGUUUUGGAACGAAACAGUCAUUGGCAACAAAAACAACAUCUGUCGCCUCCGCAGGACCACCAGCUCCAACAUGAGGCGUGGGGGCCUGGCUGGCAGUUGUGUGUCGUUUCAAUAAUUUCAUUUCUAGCGCGCGUGUUUUUCCUUCUAGCUGAGGCGGAGGAACUUGCUGAAGCAUGUACGGAAGCAGCGGUGGGCAGCGGGACAGAAGCAAAUGUGCGUGAGCACCAACAGUUAGAUAAAAGAGCCUUGCCAGCCACUGACACAGAGAAUGAGAUAAAUACAGUUCUCGAAAUUGGAGGGUUCAAAAACCAAGAAGACGAAUCAGCCAGCUGGAAGCAGCUGCAGCUGCUACAGCAGAACAAUAUAAUCACAGGUGAAACAGGGCGGCAACUCAUUUCUCUGUUCUCCGCAUGUGCCAAUUUGCACCGCCAGCAGCAGCAUCAGGUCUCCCCAAACGAAGUUUCUGUAGACCUUUGGCUAUCUUACACCGACUGGAGAGACUUCAUUGCUGAUUUUGACCCGGUGGAGCAGCAGAACGCAUCACAAGACCAGCAGAAACAACAGACCCAUAUCACGCUAUCUGCCACAGGGGAGAUCGUGAUUGCCUCUGCAGUGGAAGGAGAUUAUCUGCUGCUACUUCCUGCUGCUGCUGCUGCUGCUGCAUUCAACCCUUUGGCAAGGGAACUGGUUUCCUUGGGCUGCUGUCUUCCGUGUUGUUUCAACGGCGGUCCUUGGGCACCUGUCGCGGUCCAAUUGUAUAUCGAUCUGCCGGGUAUAGGAAACCAGUUGCAUUUGUUACUUCUCCCGGAAGUACUUAAAGAGCACUUCAGCGAUAUUCAGCAAACGCUCCAGGAGGCCCAUUACCCCCCGGUGCCGUUGAGCCGGAAGGAGUUGCUGAGGGAAGGACUAGUUCCAUGUCUUGCUGCUGUACGUUUGCCGUUUCAUCCUGCGGUUUGUGAGCUGGUUAACAGCGUUCUCAGCAGUUGUGCCCGAGAGCCGCUCCCUGCAGAUUUCUGGACGGCAGGAGCUGCUGCCACUGUUGCAGCUGUCACCACAUCGGCGAGUGCACCGGAAGAAGCUGACGCCGAAUAUGGGAGGCUCUCGAAGCUUGCAACGGUACGCAAUACAGCUGGUGCAGCGGUGGAUGCUGCAGGGCGAAACGCACAGGCUCUCUUGCAGCAGAGAUUGCAGCAGGAAUUAUUGCAUUCAGAAAAUACGGGAGAGAAAGUAUUUGGUGAGAAGACCCUCAUAAAUUGUUUGCAGGUGCUGUUGCACCUUUCUGGAGAUGUAGUGCUCCUGCAGCAAAUGGCCGCAGUUGCCAUCUCAGUGAAGGGCUCUGAGCAGCAGAAGGGAUGUUUGGAAAGUCAGGGAGAGAGCGAAACAAAGCAAGAAUGGAAACGCCGUAUAGGGGGUCCGUACUGCUCGCAAAACCAGUUGUUUUGGACAGUAGACCUGCAGCUUCCAGCAGAAGAACCUCCAGAAGCAUCUGUAACGGGAUCAGGAAACGGCGCUCCAGCGGUAAAUGAAUGCUGCGGUGCACAGACAGCCAACUCAGAUGUGUUUACCUGCACACUUCGAUCAAUAAAUAGAGAGCUUACCGAGUUCGGUUUGCUACUGCUGCCCGUGCCCCAAACCAGCCCCAUUUUGCCGCCCGUGUAG